ACCUAACCUACUCACAGCAAGUACGAAGUUGUUAGCGAGAAAAAUAAACAGAGUAAUCAAGAUGAUCUUGGUGCAACUUUUGACCCUAUCAUAGCAGGAUGCUGGGCACCAAGCAACAAGUUAUAAUGUGUUGUGGUAAAAAGAUAUGUAUGUAAAGUUUUUAGAUGAUGACAUACAAGGAUGAUAAUAAUGGUUAUUAUUAAAGAGUCCAGAAAGUAGUGGAAUUUUGUAUGUCCUGCUAACAUGGCCACGGUAAAUGUUUUGGUUCGUGCACGACCGCUCAGUCAAAGGGAGCUGGACCUAGAUGUUUCCAUUGUUCUCAAAAUGGAGAAGGUCAAGACAUAUUUAAACUAUGUCAAGGAGAAUGAAGAGCAUGACAAGGAGAAAGUGUGGCCUCGUCGAAGCUUUUCUCAAAAGCAAUUCUUGUUUGACCGCUCUUUUUGGUCAGUUAACAAAGAUGACGACCAUUUUGCUGAUCAAGCACAGAUUUUUAAUGAAUUUGGUGUCAAAGUUGUUAAAUCAGCCUUGGAUGGUUACAAUGCUUGUGUGUUUGCAUAUGGACAAACGGGUUCGGGUAAAACAUUUACAAUGAUAGGUAACGAGGAUAAUCAAGGUUUGAUCCCAAGAAUUUGCCAGGCAUUAUUUAAAAACUUAAGAAAAACUAAGGAGGACCAAAACACAUCUUUUAGAGUUGAAGUCAGUUACAUGGAAAUCUAUAACGAACACGUUAGAGAUUUAUUAAGAAGAAAAAACAGAAAGUCGUCUGCACCGAUUCCUAGUCUUAAAGUAAGGGAGCACCCAAAAGAGGGUCCUUUUGUUCAAGAUUUGACAUCACAUCCAGUAUCUGAUUACGCAUCAAUAGAAACUUUGUUGGAGGAAGGAAGCGCUAUGAGGAUGACUGCUGCAACUCAGAUGAACAGUGUCAGCAGUCGUUCACAUGCUAUUGUUACUGUGAAACUUACACAGGCAAAGUUUUGUGAAAAUAUUCCCAGUGAAACAAUCAGCAAAGUGAAUCUUGUUGAUUUAGCUGGAAGUGAACGUGUGGCCCUGUCUGGUGCUACUGGAACACGUCUGAAAGAAGGCAGCAAUAUAAAUAAGUCCCUGGUUACACUUGGGUUAAUAAUAUCUGCACUAGCUGAAAACUCGCUUGCGAACAAAAAUGGUGGCAAAGUUCCACGCCGACAGAUGUUUGUUCCAUACCGAGACUCAGUGUUGACGUGGUUGUUAAAAGACAGUAUUGGUGGUAAUUCAAAAACUGUCAUGAUAGCCACUGUUUCUCCAGCUGAUAUUCACUACGGAGAGACACUGAGUACUUUAAGAUAUGCUAGCAGAGCACGAAAAAUAGUAAAUAAACCAGUUGUUAAUGAGGAUCCAAAUGUUAAGAUUAUCCGAGAGUUACGAGCAGAAAUAGAAAAAUUGCAAAAACAGCUUGGGAGUCAUGCCAAGAAUAAUAGCAGCAAUUCAAUCUUGGAAGCAAGUGCAAAUGCAAUGGAAGCAAAACUAAAAGAAAACGAACAAAAAGCUGAUCAGCUGACUAAACACUGGUUACAAAAAACACAUGAUGCCCAAAAGAUUUUUAAAGAGAAAUGUAUGUCAUUGAGUCGUCAAGGCAAACAGACAGUGUUGAAGUCAGCUAAACCUCAUUUAGUAGGAUUAGAUGUGGACCCAUUAAGUACCGAUAUCGUGAUUUACCAUCUCGAGGAAGGAAAAACUGUGAUAGGUAGUAGCGAUUUAUCUGAAGAACAGGGUAUAGCUUUGGAAGGAUCUGGUAUUGAGCAAGAACAUUGUUAUUUGGAAAUUACCAAAGAAUGUGUCACGUUACAUCCCAUUUCAAGUAAUACUUUUGUGAAUAACAAGCCAAUUGAAAGUAGCUGGGAGUUAUCUCAAGGAGAUGUGAUUCAAUUUGGCCAUUAUUUGAAAUUCCGUUUCAACAACCCCUGUGAAGCUGCGUUAUUACGCGAGAAAAGAAGAUCGGGAAAUUUUUCUCCAGUUUCUGGCAGAAUGUCACCAGCUGUAAUGAAUCAUUAUCGAAGUCUUGAUUCUGGUUUAAGCAGUCCUGAUGAUUUUGAAAAUGACUUAAAUGACACCAAUCUUACCUCAGAGCAAGUUUUAAACUCAACAGCAUUAUCUAUUAAUUCAAAUAACUCGGAUACUGCUCAAUCCAGGAAAACAAAUUUUUAUGUCCCUGCCAACGAAAAGGAAAUAAAAAGGCUUGAAAAAGAGAAAACUAGAAGUUUUGCUCAUGAUAGUAACAUAAAUAUGAGAGCUAACAGAAGUAUGUCGAUGAUGUCUGGUAUCAAUCGCGUUCAAAGCAAUUCGCCAUUGCAUUCUUCACAACCAGCUGAAAAUGAAUCUCUUGUAAACAAUGGCACGAAGUUGGUUGGACGUAUGUUGAAAUCUGCAUCAACUUCGGACAUACUAACGAAACCGGAGCAAUCUCAUUUGGAUCGAAGUAUGGAACCGAGAUUAAUCAUCGACACUGCUGAUGAAAUUUAUUUGUCGUCCGAUAAUAUAUUGACAUCAGAGAGAACCGAUGACAAUUAUUUACUUAAUAACUCUAAUAAUUCUGCGUCAGAUCUUUCGUUAUCCACCGAUGAUCUGGCUUGUACAUUUUUGUUACAAUCUCAACAAAACAUCGACACAUCUUCCAAAAACUACUUUGAUUUUUCCUAUCCCAGUUCGCAGUCAUUAAACUUUCCUUCAAGAUCACAAAGCAUGUGCGAUAUAUCUCCACGCAAAUUGAAAUCGUUCGCUGGUGAUAUUAUUCGUGCGGGUAGUUUGUUCGAUUUUUCAAUUCAAAAGACUUGCAAAGAGAAUGUAUUCGUUGAAAGUAGCGAUGGUGGCAGUGUGACUGCAUCUGUUCUUGCUGGUGAAGCGAUAGAAGCCUCUGAUAUUUUAAAAGAAAAAAGGGAGCAACUAAAAGAACUCAUCAAAAAAUAUCGAAACGCUGAAAUUGAACGCGUGGAGGCUGAAAAAGAAAAUAUAAAGAGAGCAACUGAGAACGAAAAAAUCUUUCAAAGUCAACAAGUUCAUCUAGAAAACCUGCUGCGACAACAGAGAAUGCAACUGGAAGAAGCUAAACUUGAACUGGAAGAUUUUAAGAAAACAGCUGCCGUUGAGAAGGAGAGCGAGCGAAAUGCUGUUGAGAACGAAAUCAGCAGGUUGAUGGAGUUUAAACAAAAACAUUUGAUGCUGAUUGAUGGCAGCGAGCACGAACUUCGAAAGAAAAAAUUUAAACUUAAAGGAAAAAUCGAAGAAUAUUGGAAGCGUAUGGACUUAUAUGAUAACCUUUUAAUCGAGCUGGAGUUAGAUCAAAAUAAAGUUCGACGUGAAAGCGAAGGAAAGGUUCUGGAAAAAAUGAAACUGUUCGAUAUGCAACAGACGGAAGAAGUGAAAUCUCUACGAGAACAAGUUAAGAUUUCCGAAGAUUUCAUAGAAACUUGCACGAAGCGAAUUGAAAACGAAAAAAAGCUAGAGCUUCAACUCUCGGAAGAUCUGGAAACAUCUAAUGUUGACUUACAGAAUCGAGUUAUCGAAGCAGAAAGACUCUAUGAAGAGGUUAAACAGCAAGAGAAACUAGUUUCACUUGAGGGGGAAAACGAUUUGCGAAAAAUAGACCAGGAAGUAGCAGCCGAGGAAGAGAAAUAUUUUAAAUAUACUAUAUAUAAAAUGCAUGAAUGUGACGGAGAAUGCUCGUGUAAUGAAAACGAGAUUAAAGAGGAAAACGAGGUUGAAGAGGAAACCAAAUGUAAUAUCACUGAAGAAAGACAGAAAAAUGUGAUCGAAACAUUAAAGAAAAAAAGAUCGGAUAAAAAAGAGUUGUUACAUGAGCGACUUCGUAAAUAUCAUUUUAUGAUUGAGGAUGCAAACAAUUCUGUCGUGCAGUUGCGUGAAACGAAACUUCUCGAAGAAGAACGAUACAUCAACGAUAUUUCCAUGAAAAAAAACUUGAUAACUGCGCUGCAGCACCAGCGUAACGAGGAAGAACAUAAACUGAACGAUUUUAAACAUGAAUUGAGAGCGUAUGAGCGUCCACGCUCGUAUAUCAGUGAUUGUCCUGAAGAGACAGAAGAAGAUAUAGUAGCGUUAGAGCAACAAAAGCAGCAGCUGUUACAAUCUAAAGAAAAAAUCCGAACAAUGCUGGAAAAAUCCCUACAGGAGGAGUUUUCCGCGCUUAAAACGAAUCAGCACAAUGUAGGUAAUCCAUACAAAAUGGGUAAACAGCAGAACGAAGACUUGUCGUCCGUUGACCAGGCUCUUUCGCUCAUCUUUCAUUCCGGAAAUUCGUCUGCGUAUAUUAACAGCAUUGUUACCAAACACGUGCAGUACGAGACAAGAAAGCAACUCUUGUCAGACAUUAAACACGAUUUAGAUAAUUUAAAGCGACAUCAAGUUACAAUUCAUCAAGAGGUCGCAUCCAAUUUUUUAACGCAAAAGAGCGUAUUUGAAGCUGUGCGCAGUAAAGAGCGAAAAGAUAUUCACGAUGCGAUACACGCGAUCGUUAGUACUGGCGAAGAAGAUAACGCGUUCGCGGAUAUGUUCGCCACCGAAUCGAAGUAUAUUUUAGCGUAUCAGGAACAUUUGGAAACACUGGAAAAUGAAAUGUAUAUAAAGAUCGAAGAAAACCAGCGGAUUCAGGCUAAAUUAGAUGAACUACAAGAUAAGAUGAGUGACGAUGCAUAUAGUAUCAACGAUGGAGUGUCGCUGUCCUUGCAUGUCACACUGGAGGAGGAAAUGGACGCUUUGCAAACGGAGAAAGAAAAAUGCGAAUGUAUGAUUCAGGACUUAAAAAAGAAAGUGUUGGAUGAACGAAAAGAAUAUCUUGAGAUGCUAAAAAGCAAGGAUGAAUAUGACGUCAUUGGACAAGAAUAUCGCGAUGCAAGACAUACCUUCUUCCAAACAGAAGGAAAUCAGGCUGCGUCCGAAGUACUAAGAGAGGUUUUUUGGGCUUCGAAUGUUAUGGACGCUAUUGAUAAAAGUAUCACAAAUAAAUCAUUUACUUGUGCUGGCUGGCGAUAUGUUGGCACUGAAAAGAAUGUGCGUAUUUUGAAAAAGACUUCUAACAAAGGAACCUUAUGUAUAUUAGGCCAAGGCAUCAUCAAGACAGCGCCUAAAGAUGUUUGGCAAGCUGUCCGUAAUCCCCUGUCACGUCUCAUAUACGACAACAUGGUGAAAAAACUCAAUGUUGUGGAGCAUUGCAACGAGCAUCUUAAAGUUGUGUACUUUCAACAUGAAAGCAGGGUGUGUUUAUUGAAGCAAACACGAGAUUGUUGUUGUGUACAUUCGGAAAGAGUGGAAAACAAUAAAUACGUAGCCGCCUUCAAAUCAGUGGAGCAUCCGGACUGUCCAGAAACCAAAAAAUGUACAAGAUCAUAUGUGUAUCCAAGUGGCUGGGUAGUGGAGUCGUACACUGAAAAUGGGGAGGAUUGGUCUAUGAUUUGGUAUGUUUUAAAGAUUGACUUAGGGAAAGGUCUACCAAAAUAUUUUCUCAACUCGCUUCUUCAAAAGAUACCGCUCAGUAUAUCGUAUUUACGAGAUUACCUGGUAUUAUCAUGAUAUGAAGUCAAUCUAAUUCGACUUCAUUUUAAUUUAUUUAAAAAUUUGUGAAUCGUGGCCAUGUAGCCUUUUAAAUAAGUUCAAUCAUCUUUCGACGACUUAUCAAAGGCUCCGUGACCACGGUGUGUUAGAAAGUUAAUAUUAAGUUUUAUUUUAAAACACGUAUUGUCAUUGCAGAUAUAAUUUUCUACUUCUGUUUAUAUGAUAGCUUUAUUGUUAUUUCCAAGCAGCUUAAACGACCAACACAGGGCAACUUGGUUAAUUCGGUUGUAGUUUGAAAUGUUUUUUUAUUUUGUUGUUGAUAAAAAAAGGUUUAUAUAAAGGGUCACCGAGGGGACAAUAUGCAUCAGCCAGAUAGAAUGUUUUUUUAGUAGAACUAGUCAAAUUAUGCACUGUUUAUUUUGUACUUUUUUUAAGAUUUAAAAUUUAUAAAAAUUUAAAACAUUUUUAUAUAAAUAUUUGUGUAAGUAGGUAUUUGUAACAUUUUAUCUGUAAGAAGACAAAAAUUUAUUUAUGUUUUGUACGGCGGAGAAAAUUAUAGAGUAGAUAACAUCUGA